ACAUGAAAUUUUAAGAUAUUUUAUAUUAGCUUCUAUAAACGCAUAGACAUUUCAUAGAGGGACGUUAUAUGCAUAAAUAAUUGAGGCCAAAAUUGAUAUAAAUUGGUAAUAGAGGGUCAAGAAUUUGAAAAAAAAAAUAUCGAUACGAUUCUACAAUAUCGCCAUGGCUAAUCAUGCACAUGUUUAUAAUUGCGAACAUACAGAAAUCGCAUAUAUUAAUAUGUAAACAAAAAUAUUGAUAUUAUUGUUUGCCAAAAAAAGAACUAGGGCAUCUUACUGCGUUUGAAGAUACGUCAAUCUGGAUGCUGUAUGCACGGUUGUUUAAAUCUCCAUUUAAUAUUCCCAUAGAACCCUUAAUUUAUUAAUAAGCUUACCAAACAAACAUUUUACUAAGCUCUUAUGUGAAAACAUUAAUCCCCCAUUUGUGCCAAUAAAAAUUUAAUUUGUUACCUGGACUAUAAAUGAUGGAGUGUAAGUUUACAGCUUACUCACAAUCUCUUAUAGGUGACAACAUGUCAUUAGAACUGCAACGCCUGAAGACAGUUUUUCCGUGAUAAAGCUCGCGUUGUAUCGGAUGCAUGAGAAUAAUGCGCAGUCGUAUUUAUCUCCUGUGAUCGUUACUGGUAAAUGUCGUUUGCCGAGGUUGUCGUAAAAUUUUACAGAAUGAAACUGUCAAAAAGGAUAUAUUCACUGAGAAUAUUUCAGUUUGUUCGAGUAAAGACAAUGAACUUGAGAAAAAAUAUAUUCCUAUGAAAUUGUUUACUGGGAUUGAGCUUAUCACUGGAGAAACUGUUUCCAAAGAAGAUGAUUUGUCCACCGUUUUUUGUGAAGGGUGCUGUAACAAAGUGGAGGAAUAUAUUAAUUUUCGUAUUAAAUUAAUAACAUCGCUUGAGAUGUUACAUAUUUCUAAGGGAACAUGUGAAAAUGAUAGUAAAGGCUCAAUUUCCUUGGAAACUAAUAAUGAAAAUAAAGAAACCACUAUGUCUUUAAUAAAAAAAAAUGAAGAUGAAAAAUUAUCUGAUGAAACCAGUACUGCAAUGUUUGAAGAAGAAAGUUCUGAUAAAUCAGAAAGGCAGGAAGAAAGGUCUAUCUCUGAAGAUUUGAUAAAUGUUGAUGAAAAUAGUGUACCCUUAGAUUUUAUGAGUUUAUUUAACAUUAUUGUUCAAGAAAAUUGUCUGGAUGGCAAUGAUGAGGAUAAUCAGAUUAAUAAUAUUCUCAAUGAAUUAGAUUGUUCAAAUGAGAUUUUAGAAUCUCACAAUGCAAAAGAAACUACUGUCAAAGUUAAAGAUAAUGAUAUUGAAUCUGAAAUUGAUGUAUGCUCUUGUGAAGAUGAUGAUAUUAUAGAGUUGGAAGUUCCAAGAAAAGCAUAUGAAACGGUCUACAUUGAAAGCUCAUCCGAUUCAGAUAUAGAAAUAUGUGAUUAUGAACCAACUGGUAAAAAAAGUAAAAAUCACAGUACUUUAUCUCCUCUGUUUUAGUGUACAGGUACCUGUAAAUCUUCACUAUUCCAACAUUGCAUUUUGAAACGAAAUAAAAUAGUAUGUGUAAAAUUAUUAUAAACAUGUAUCAAAUUCAUGUUAAAUGAGUCUGAAACAAUGGGUAUUUUAUGUGUUAAGCAAGAAUUAAAAAAUAAAUGUUCUGUAAAUUAUAUCUACUGUAAAGAAAUCUGUGAUAUCAAUCAUGACUGUUUAUUAAAUAUAUAUAAAUCUUUUCUA